AGCAGCCAGUGUGGAAGGUAGCCGGUGCCAAGGCUGACACUUCUCACGGACUGACUCCACAACUGAGGAGGAUACAGCCGGCAAGAGGAGGGUCCCGUGGCUUGUUCUGGCUUUUCUGGGACCGUGAACGAUAGGCUCUCCAUGCCAGAAGCAGAGACGACCUCUGGUGAGAAGCUACAGGGGAACAUUGAAUAAUAGCGACAAGCAAGGCUCAGAUCUGAUCGGCGCAGGGAACGAUGUAUAUGAGACCGCUCUGUGGCAAGCGUUAUCUGAAGGUGCUCAUCCCCCUGCUGGUGACCCCUUGCCUGAUAAAGCUGACGCUGGUCUGGAUGAACGGGGACUCGUCGGCCCUCUGCCCCUCGCGGUUCAACGCCACAGACAUUCUGAUGCAGCCCGACAGCCGCUGCGACCGCGACAGCCCGUUCCUCGUCCUAUUGGUCACCAGCUCCCCGGAGCAGUUCCAGGAGCGCUCGGUUAUCCGCCGGACCUGGGGGAGCGAGCGGCGGACGGCGGGGACAGGCAGGUCGGUCACCUACUUCCUUCUGGGGCGCGGGCGAGAGAGGCAGGAGAGCAUCCGGCGGGAGGGCGAGGUGUACGGUGACAUCAUCCAGGGAGAUUUCGACGACACCUACUACAACCUGACCUGCAAGGUCCUCCUGGGCCUCCAGUGGCUCUGUAACUCCUGCCCCUCCGCCACGUUCGUGAUGAAGACCGAUACCGACAUGUUCGUCAACACCGACUAUCUGCUGGAGCUCCUGUCCCGGGAGCCCCGCCGGCGUAACCUCUUCACCGUCAUUAUGGACCAUUCGUGGCCCAUCCGCAACAUAUUCUCAAAGUGGCACGUGAGUCCGGCGGAGUACCCGAUGCAAAUGUACCCACCCUACUGUUCCGGCACCGGAUACGUGCUCUCCACCGACCUGGCCUGUCGCGUGUGGAACACCUCCCGGGCAGUGCCCCUCUUUAAACUGGAGGACGUCUACGUGGGUCUGUGCCUGGCCGAGCUAAAGGUGAAGCCGCUGGACAUACACGACCGCCCCGUCUUCCACAACUACAGGGUACCGUUCUCCAUCUGCUCCUACCGGCAGCUAGUCACCUCCCACCAGGUCACAUCGACUGAGCAAGGGGACUACUGGAGACAGCUGCAGGCCUCUGGCAAUGUGAAAUGCCCAAGUGACCAGCGAGGAAACUGAUGUCUCUUAGCCCUAUCAAGGGUAUUUUUAACCCCUUGGUGAAAAUCAUGGUACAGACUGGGAAAAUUGAUCUUUCAUGCAGCAAAUGAAACAGAUCUACAGAGAACCGGCGAGCUUAGCGAUGAA